GUGAGCGCUUCCGCCGCCCCCCUCGCGGCUCCCCUCUCGCGGGCGUGAGGAGCGGACCGCGGAGCUGCGCUGAUCUCGGUCCUCCUCACCGUCGCUCCGCACUGUGCCCUCGGGCUCCGACGCUCGCCUCGCGCCCUGCCUGCGGCCCCCAGCUGGAGCGCGUCUGAGGGAGCCCCCGAGGGCCGACCAGGCGCGCCGCGCGGGCAGCCGGCGGCCAGGCGGGAGAUGGUGCGCGGCACCUCGGCGGGACCGCGCCGCCUCCCGCAGCCAGCGCUCGGCUGCCCCCCGCCGGCUCCCGCCGCCCGACCGUCGCCGCGCCCCUGAGAGGAGCACCGCCUCAGCCACCGGCCGCGUCCCCCUCAGCGCCCGCAGUCGCCCGCGCCGUCUCGGCUCUGCACCCGACCUCGGCGCGGCGAACCGCUGGGGUCGCCACGGCCGCGCUCGCUGCCGCCGCCCCCCUGCGGGGGUGGCCGGGCUGCCCGGCUCGCGGGGCGCCGCUCCGGGUGAGGUGUCCACCAUGGUGAGGCCCCCGAGCCGCUGCCCGCGCGCCCCGCCGGCCGUCGUCGCCCGCCGCCCCUCGGUGCCGCCGCUGCCGCUGCUUCCCCGCCUGCUGUUGCUCCUCCAUCUCCUGAGCGGAUCACGGUGAGGGAAAGAUGAGCGAGGAGACGGCGACUUCUGACAACGAUAAUAGUUAUGCACGAGUGCGAGCUGUGGUGAUGACCAGAGAUGACUCAAGUGGUGGAUGGCUACCACUCGGAGGGAGCGGACUGAGCAGCGUCACUGUCUUCAGAGUCCCUCAUCAGGAAGAAAAUGGCUGUGCGGACUUUUUUAUCCGUGGAGAGAGACUCAGAGACAAAAUGGUGGUUUUGGAAUGUAUGCUUAAGAAAGACCUCAUCUAUAAUAAGGUCACUCCCACAUUUCACCACUGGAAGAUCGAUGACAAGAAGUUUGGCCUUACUUUUCAGAGUCCUGCUGAUGCCAGGGCUUUUGAUCGAGGCAUUCGAAGAGCUAUAGAGGAUAUUUCUCAAGGGUGCCCAGCAACAAAAACUGAGGCUGAAGGAGGAGAUGAUUUACAAACAACUGAAGAGGACACUUCCCGUUCCUUAGUGAAAGAUCAUUUUUUCCAGCAAGAGACAGUUGUUACCAGUGAUCCUUACAGAAGCUCAGACAUAAGACCGUUACCCUUUGAAGAUCUGAAUGCCAGAAGAGUCUACUUGCAAAGCCAAGUCAGCCAGAUACCAUUCGGUCAGCAAGGCCUAGACAUUCAGAGCCGAAGUAUGGAAUACGUACAGCGGCAAAUAUCUAAGGAAUGUGGGAGCCUAAAGUCCCAAACUAGGGUCCCUUUGAAGUCAAUCAGACAUGUCAGCUUUCAAGAUGAGGAUGAGAUUGUUAGAAUAAAUCCUCGAGAUAUCUUAAUACGUCGGUAUGCAGACUACAGACAUCCGGACAUGUGGAAAAAUGACUUGGAGAGAGAUGAUACUGACUCCAGUGUUCCAUUUUCUAAACAAGACAGUAAAAAGUCAGACUAUCUCUACCACUGUGGGGAUGAGACUAAGUUAAGUUCUCUGAAAGACUCUGUGGUAUUUAAGACACAGCCUCCCUCGUUAAAAUUUAAGUCAAAACGAAGAAAAGAGGAUGGGGAACGUUCUCGCUGCGUGUACUGCCAAGAAAGGUUUAAUCAUGAAGAAAAUGGCAGGGGGAAAUGCCAGGAUGCUCCAGACCCAGUUAAAAGAUGCAUAUAUCAAGUUAGUUGCAUGCUCUGUGCUGAGAGCAUGUUAUAUCAUUGUAUGUCAGACUCAGAGGGAGACUUUUCUGACCCUUGUUCGUGUGACACUAGCGAUGACAAGUUCUGCCUAAGGUGGUUAGCCCUGGUAGCUCUGUCUUUCAUUGUACCAUGUAUGUGCUGCUACGUCCCUUUGAGAAUGUGCCAUCGCUGUGGUGAGGCAUGUGGGUGCUGUGGUGGGAAACAUAAGGCUGCUGGGUGAAGCAGUCCAGGGCCAGCAUGAGCUUAAAACCUUCAUCUCCAGGAAUUAGCUAACUUGGAUUUGUGGAAGCUGUUGGCAAGCAAUAUGGAAUCUUGCCUGGUAUCACUGGGGCCAUGCGUAGAGGAAGCAGAACUCAUCAGUUCUUGUGAUUUACAGAUGCUAGCCAUGCCUGUUUCCCUGAGUGCAUGGCAUGUUCUGGGACAGAUCAUAGAGUAUUUUCAGAAGGAAGUCAUUUCUGGUUAUUGACUACAAAAGGUCAACAUAGAAUAUGAUUCAACUAAAAGGGAUUAAUUUUGGCAUUUUUAUAUUUAUGCACUAGGUGAUGGGACUUUUUAAAGAUUUGAAUUCUUUAGGACAUUAACUAAAAAGUGCACUAAGGGACAGUGAUUUCAGUACAGAAAAGUUAGUACUUGGGAAAUUAAGAGAUAAAAUAAAUGCAACUAAAUCAUUAGUUGUUUUUGAAAGCAGUUUUAUGUAUAAAUAACAAAUGUUUAUAUUUAACUAAGUGUAAGGUACGAACUAUGACACAUUAAACUUUUCUUGCCCUUCCUAGUUCUGAGGCAGAUGUGCACAUAUCUGCUGCCACAUUCCAUAUGUGUUGAGUAUUUAACUCAUCUAGUUAAUAACGUUUGUAUCCAUGUGAAAGGUUUGGUAAGUUCAUCCUCAUUUCUCUUUGGCUGCAGUAUAUAUUGAGUUAUAUCUGUACAUUCUGGAAAUCUAAAAUCUUUAAAAUACUCUAAUAGCCUUGAGUGACCAACUUUUUUUUAAAAGCACAGAUGUAAUUGUCUAAUGUUCUGAUGGAAAUGUAACACUUAUUUUUAUAUAAAGAGACUAAGUAAACAUAGAAGAAAUUGAGGGUUCUUUUAGUUGUUUUGUUUCUGUGGUAUUCAACCAGCAAGUUUUUUUUUUCUUCAGAGUUUCAUCCUUCAAAGAACUUAACUGCAUUUACAAAUGUUUUUACAAGGCAGAAGCGUUAACUAACUGGAUAGUUAGUGUGAAACAGUUUCCGCUGGAGAUCUCCAUUUAUCAUUCUGCUAAGCCAGAAUGUGCACAGCUGUUUCACUGAUUUUUCUGAGCUUAAUCCUCUGCUUAUUACUCACAUAACAAUGGUAAUACUUUUCAGUUGCAUUUUAUUAUAUUUCAGGAGCAAAGUUACUUUGCAUUUAAGACGUAUGCAGAAUUCUCCCAGGAAAGUAAUCCACCAUUGUGAAUGGAAAUCUUGUACAUCACAUUCCUGUCACAGAGCAUUUGUAUUAUGGGAUGUUUGAUUUACAAAGUGGUGUGAUAUGUGAUAUGUUCCAACAAACAGGUUAAAAGUACUUUGAGGUCAAAUUGUCUUCUUCUUCUUCUUCUUUUUUUUUUUUUUUAAUGUUACAUUAAAGCUCUUGUGAAUGAUUCUUUCACAGUGCUCCCUUAGG